GACUGAGGACUCUUUAAGCCUGCGACCACUACCGUCACCGAGGACUCCCAACGCUCCUCUCCACUCACGACCAUGACCACCACUACACCUUGGACACCGGUGGGCGCGGAGCCCAGCGGACCCGGCGCACUCCAGGCGCUCGUGGAGCGCCGUCUCCCCAAAUCCCUGCACGACAAGUUCACGUUUGUGCUCGACGCCAGCGUCGCCAAGGCCGCCCAGUUCGACAGCUACACCGUCUCCUGCAAGGACGGGCACAUCAAAAUCACGAGCGCGACGACGCCGGGCCUCUCGCGCGGCCUGCUGGCCUACCUCCGUACUCUGGGCGGCGACAUCUUCUGGUCCGGGGACACGUUCACCGAGACCCUCGGCGCGAACAUCACCGACGCGGAGCUCAAAGGGGGCGCGUGGGCUGAGAUCCGGUACUUCCUCAACAUUGUAGCGCACAGCUACACGCUCGCGUACUACGACUGGCCAAAGUGGGAGUACCUGCUCGACUGGGCGGCGCUGCACGGCAUCACGAUGCCGCUCGCCGUCGGCGGGCAGGAGCAGAUCUGGCUCGAGGUGUACCGCGACUUUGGCCUCGCCGACGCCGACAUCCUGGAGUACCUCCCCUCGGCGGGGUUCAAGGCGUGGAUGUACAUGGGCAACACGCACGGGUCGUGGACGCAGCGUGUCACGGCAGAGUAUGUCGCCGCGCAGUGGGAGCUGCAGAAGAAGGUCGUGUCGCGGAUGGUCGCUUUCGGCAUGACGCCUGUGCUGCCUGGUUUCAGCGGCUUCGUCCCCGCCGCGCUGCACGACAAGAUUGGUGGGCCAGACUUCCUCCUCGCGUCGCGAUGGAACGACAUGCCGAAUGAAUACAGCUGCAACACGGCCCUCGAACCCACCUGGCCCUCGUGGAACACGGUGCAGACGGCCUUCCUGCGCAAGCAGCAGGCGCUGUACGGCGGGUGGACGUCGCACCACUACUCGGUAGACCUGUACAACGAGCUGCACCCGAGUUCCAUCGAGCCCGAGUACCUCGCGGCCAACGCGCGCGCGACGAUGGACUCGCUCAAGGCCGCCGACGAGCGCGCAGUGUGGGUCAUGCAGGCUUGGUGCUUCCGCGACGACGUGGCCCACUGGCCGCCGUCGGCUGUCAAGGGAUUCCUUAGCGGAACGACGCAGGAGGAGCAUCUCAUCCUCGACCUCGCGGCCGAGCACAUGCCAUUCUGGAACCGCAGCGAGAACUACCACGGCAAGCGCUGGGUGUGGAACACUCUGCACAACUACGGGCAGAACAACAACCUGUUCGGCGCGCUAGAGGAGUACAGCGCCGCGCUGGCCUCUGCGCGCCGCGACGGCGGCAAUCUGGUCGGGAUCGGGCUUACGCCCGAGGGGCUGAACCAGAACGAGAUCGUGUACGAGCGCGCGCUCGACGCAGCAUGGGACGACGCGCCGGCCGACCUCGGCGCGUGGCUCCCCGGCUGGGUGUCCCGGCGAUACCAGCUGCCAAGCGCCACCGUCAGCCCUGCACAUACCGCAUGGAAGGAGCUCGCGGCGUCGGCGUACAGGAGCAACGACGCGCGCGUACAGGGCGUCUACCGCUCCAUCUUCGACAUGGUCCCCGCUGCCUCGGGGAUGCUGGGCAAGGGCACGCACUUCUUCGCGACUAUCAUCCCGUACGACACGGCCCGCGUAGUCCUCGCGCUCGACUGCCUGCUCGCUGCGGCCAAGGAGACGCCGGCGCUCGAGGCCGCCCCGGCGUUCAGCUACGACCUGGUCGACGUCGCGCGGCAGGUGCUAUUAAACGCCGGCGUGGGGCUCUACAAGGCGCUCAUCGCUGCGUGGGAGAAGGGAGACAAGCCGGGCGUGGCGGAGCAUUCCGCCCGUAUCGUCGAACUGCUGCGCGACGUCGACGCCCUGCUCGGCACGGACAAGAACCACCUCCUCGCGCCAUGGAUCGCGGGCGCGCGGUCGUGGGCCGCGACCGACGCCGACGCGGACAAGCUCGAGCUCGACGCGCGUAACCAGAUCCUCCUGUGGGGCACGGGCGCGGCGACGCCGUGGUGCCUCGACCGGUAUGCCGCCAAGCACUGGCACGGCGUCGUGGGCACGGCGUACGCGCGCAGCUGGGAGCUGUUCGGGGAGCAUCUGCUCACGACCACGCCGGACCAGUAUGACUACCCCGCUUGGUGCGCCAAGGUCGAGGCGUACGAGAAGGAGUGGCAGGCUGAGAAGUGGGGAGAGCGUGAGGGCGAGACGUGGGGCACUGUUGGCAAGCCUGUCCAAGUUGCUGUCCGCCUCCGGGCCAAGUGGGCCGAGUGGCUGUGAAGAGCCAGCGUUCACCACCCCCAGCAGUAACGCACCCCUGUACCAACCUAG